AUGCCCGAGGUGCUGAAUGUCGAGGGUGUUGGCAAUGGGCGGCAGCAGUGCACGGAGUUCGGACGGGUUCCCAUCGCCUUGCCAGCGCAGGAGCACGAGACCGAAGGAACGCCAGCGGUGUACACGGCACCGGUGGUGCCCAACUCAAACAUACCGGCACUCCUCGGACUGCGACCCUUCCGACAGUUGCGGACGGUCUUUGACAUCGUGAACAACAAGAACCAUUUCCUGGGACCAGGUGACGCCACCUUUCAGUUACCGCCUGGGACAAGGCCAUGCGAUUUGGAGGGGGCUCCGAGUGGACAUCUCAUGCUUCCAGUCAGCGAGUUCCAGCAGCUGGGAAGCAACCGCUCGGGGAACGGAGCGUCGCCUACAUCGGUCACGACGCUCAACCUCUACCACCACAAUAGCCACGGCGUUACCGAGGCAGCCUCGGUGGCGAAGCGGCCUGGCGACGACGACGUCAGGACUACAUCCACGGGGCAGCCUACAGUGGAACCUCCGUUAGCGCGGUCAGAUACUUGCGACGUUGGCGACGAGGCGCUCAGACAUGCUGGUCAGAGCAAGGACCUCCCGAACACGCUGGACAUCGGCCUCCUUGUCGUGAGGAGCCUGGUCUUCAGUAUCUUCGCGACGGACACGAGUGUCAGUCAAGUUAUCAGUUGGCAGGCGAGGGGUCUGCUCAUUCUAAGUCGUUACCUCAGCGCUUGGUCUACGGAGCUUGGCUCAUGGACGAUAUCGACUCUAUCCGUCAACAAGCUUUGCAUGAAUGUGGACGCAGACACGGCGGUCAAGUUCAAGCCCGAUCUUGCAUGGAUUGCGUUGACCGGAGCACCCACCUCGUCGAUCAACAAUCGAGAGCGACUGCGCGCGUGUACUGUAGCUCAAAUUGUCAUGGAGGCAGUCGAUCUCAAGGUCAACCUGAUCCCGUGUCACACUGACAUGAGUGAGAUGCACGAGGCGCGCUGCGACAUGGUCAAGGCUCUGACGGAGUUUGUGUGGCAGCAGAUUAUCACGGCGGACAGCGCCAGCGGCGGGGAGACCAUACUCAACGCUACAAAGUCUGACGGUCACAUGGAGAUGUUACCAGAGUCGAAUCCCCUUGCGAAGUCGGAGACUCUCACGCUGAUGAGUUCGAAGACGGUCAGUUUCAACGACUCGGUCGAGAUAUACCCUACAGAGGCGAGGAUAAGACAGAAGGCCAAAGAGAAGCAUAUCAAUAUUCAGAACGCGGCGUCAGGACGACCUCAGAAGACCAAGCAGCGCAACAUGAAGGGCUACGAGAAAGUAUGGAGUGACUGCGGCGACGACAUGAGCUCGAUAGACCUGGAGAUCACGCAGUCGAAGGUGGUGAACGAGAUGGAGAUGCAGACGACGAAGGUGAAGAUGGAGCACCACCUGAGCCAGGACAAGAUGCAGCUGUCCCGGAGCUACCUGCACCUCCACCUCCUGGAGCUCAUCCUGCAGGCAGACCACUGGCAGCUGAUCGACGCAAUCGGGCCGCAACUCGGAUAG